AUGCUUACUUUUCCAAUUAAAAGAAGGUUUUCACCUGAAGACCCUUUUUUUUCACUUGGAAAUAUAGAAGCACGUUCAGAAUGGCUCAAAAAACAUUCUACAUUACAAAUAGAAAAAACACAAAUUAUUAAGGAAGAACUUCAUGAGGAAUUCAGCCCAAAACCUAUAACAUGCCAGUUUCCACCAUGGUGUCAAACUCAUCCAAUAAGAUUUCCUUCAGUCAGUGCAUAUGAAGUACAUUAUAAUACAUCACAUAGACAUAUCUGUAAUGAAUGUGAUAAAGUAUUUCCUAGUGAACGUUGGCUGAAGCUACACUUAACAGAAAAUCAUGAUGUUAUAAUUCAAAUAAAAAAAGAAAGAGGCGAAAAAAUAUAUGAAUGUUUUGUACAAGGUUGUGGAAAAUUUUUCUCUGAACCAAAGAAACGUAGAUUGCAUUUAAUUGAUAAGCAUCACUAUCCCAAAAAAUUUAAUUUUACGAUUGUUCAGUCAGGAAUAGUUCCAUUCAUUGAUAAUUUAACAGAAUCAAUGAAAAAAUUAAAAGUUAAAAAUAUUUCAUUUGGAAGAAGAUAA